AUGACAUCUUCCAAUAGACUUGGUGGUGGUGCUGGUGCUGGGAAUAACGAUGUCUCUCAUCCUUUACGACCCUAUUAUGAUCUGGAUACAUUUAAUGCAGGGUAUUCCGUUACAUUCAAACAAGGAGUUGGGUUAAUCGAUAGUGAUACUAAUAAAGCAUUGACCCCAUCAUUAUCAAGUUCUAUCAUUGAACAAUCUGUAAAUGAAAACACUGGAAUAUUGAAGAAGGUUGGUGGUUCAGGAGGAGGUUAUAAUCCAGGGGUUGGUAUUCAUGCUAAUCGUCGAUUUGGAAAUCGAUCAUCCAUACUUAAUGGUGGUAAUAAUGGAGAUAAGAAUUAUAUUUAUGAUUUAGAAUUUCAAGAAUACUUUGAUUUAAAUAAUUUAUCAGAAUUAUUUAAGAACUUGUUAUGGAAUUUUUUAAAAAAUUAUUGUAAAGUUUUACUAAGUCAACCAUUAGAGAUUGUAAGAUUGGUAUUACAAAUUGGACAAUUUGAUUUUCCUGAUUCAACUAAAAAGAUAAAGAAAUCAGAUCCAAUAACUGAAAAGAGAUUAUUAACUGAAUCUGAUACUUUAACUUUAACUGAAAAUGAAGAUUUAUCUGAUUAUGAAAUAAAUUAUUUCCAAUCUCCAAGUGAUAAUUUAUAUAACUCAACAACAUCACCUAAGAAGUUUAAUUCAUCUCCAAAGAAAAAAAGAGCUAAUAAUAGUACGAAACGUAAGAGAAGCAAUAAGAUUCAACCACUUUCAAUGCAUUCAAUUGAUAUAAUGUCUGCUAUAGUUGGUAAGGAUGGUCCAUUUGCCUUAUUCAAAGGGAUAAAUGCAUCUUUUAUUCAUCAAACUUUAUCUCAUACUAUUGAAGCAUGGAUUACUGGAUUUAUAUCCCCAUUUUUAGGUAUACCCGAUCCAUUCUUUUUAGAUUUAACUCAUUCAAAUGAUCCAUUAAGAAGUUUAUGGUUAAGUGUAUCGGCUUGUGUAUUAACUGGUUUAAUUUUAAUGCCAUUAGAUAUCAUUAAGAUUCGUUUAAUGAUUACUCAAUUUAAUAAACCAUUAUUAGAAGAUAAUAAUACCAAAGAGAAGUUAUUAUUAGAAAAAGAUAAUAAUAAUAAUACUGGAUUUACAUCAUCUGAAUCACUGGUUCAUAAUUUAGCUAAUUCAACGCUUAAUGUGAAUGCUAAUUUAAAUAAUCAAUAUGUUAGUACCCGAUCAGUUCGUGAAUCUAUUCGAAAUUUCCCAGUUCAAUAUUUAGUUAAUCCUCCAUCAAGUAUUGUUUUAUUAACUAUAUUAUAUCAAUUUUCCACCAGUAUAUUUAGAAAGACAGCUCCAUAUAUUUUAUUAAUUAGAUUUAAUAUUGAUUCAUAUUCAUCACCAAAUGUUUAUACCAUUAUAAAUUUAAUUCUGUUAAUAAUGGAAUUCUUUAUAAAAUUACCCGUGGAGAACUUAUUGAGAAAGGAACAAAUUAGAUUUUUAUUAAAACCAAAAUCAUUACUGGAAGAUCCAUAUCGUGUUUUAACUAUUGAUAAUCCUGAUGAGAAUUUAAUUAUUGAAUUUAAUUCUACUUGGGCUGAUGUGAUUGAUGAAGAAUAUGAAGAAGGUGAUAAUGAAGAACAAAAAGAAAAGGAAAGAUUAAGUUAUUGGGGUACACUUAAGAGUCUUGGAUUAUUUAAUGGUUGGAGAGUUGGUGUAUUAAAUGUGAUUGGAUUCUGGGGUUAUAAUAUCUUUAAAAAUAAUGGAACUGAAUUAAGAGAAGAACGAUUUUAG